UAUAUGGUUGUUAAUAGAGGAUGGUGAAAUGGAGUCCUGAGCAUGAAAGUAAUAUCAAAAAAAAUUUCAAUGCAAAAGCUUCUCAUAGAUUUUCUGAGAUGUUUAUGGAUGCCCGAAAGAAAAAUAAGAAACCAGAUUGGAUUGGAGAUCGUGUGUGGAACUCUUUAUUAGAACAUUGGAAUGUACCUACAUAUCGUACAAAGUGUACACAAGCACAAAAAAAUAGAGCAUCUGAAAAGGGUGGAAGUAUGCACACAUGUGGCUCCAUUAGCAUGAAUGAACAUGCCAUUCGCAUGGAAAAGGAGCUUGGUCGACCUGUACACCAUGAUGAACUCUUUCAGCAAACUCAUAUACGAAAAGACACUGGUCAGUUUGUUGAUGAUAGAUCUAGGCGGACACAUGAAGAUUUUGAAGCUAGAUUUUCUCAAGCUAUAUCUGAGGUUGGAUCCACUGCUGGCACCUCAGAAUGCACCCCUUUAGACCCUGUUGAGGAGGAUAGACUUAGGAGUCAAUGUUGGAAUGCAGCUAUCGGUAAAAAAUACAAGGGACGUCGUUAUGGUACGGGAGAUCUUUAUGAGAAUGAACAUAGCAGCUUUGUGGGGACAUCUUCAAGUCAGUCUCAGAAUACACAAGAGAUUUCUCAGUUGACACAACGAGUUUUAGCUAAUGAGGAAGAGAUGCGUCGGAUGCGCUCCCAAUAUCAGACUGAGAUUCAAUCCUUGACCUCCCAGUAUCAGACUCAGUUCAACACAUUUCUCAAUGUUGUACUCCCAUUCCUACCACCUACUAUGCAGACUACUCUUCAACAGCAACAACAACAUCAACAACCAAACAGACACCAACAACAAGACAAUCGGCAACCAACAGAGGAUGAACAAGCUAAUGACCAACAUCAACAACAUUCACCUGGAUAUUCAGAUUAUUAGAUAUAUUAUGUUAUGUUAUAAUUCUAUUGGUUGUACUGUAUUUUGUUUUUAAAUUUGAACCCUAAACUUUAUUUAUGUAUGACACUUUAUUUUGUUUGAAUGA